AUGACAGCCGGCAUCGCAACCACCGACAACGCCCCGGGCCAAGAAUCUCUAGCUGGAACUCACAACCAGCUUCAACCCUCGAGGACCGAGGACCCAUCGAGACUGAACCUCCCCUCUUCACGUAGCAAUGCCAGCAGCCAUCUCGUCCAAGAGCCACCCAAGAGCCACCGCACUGUCGGGGAAGAGCUCGACUAUUACCGCAACUUCCUGGAUGACCUGGUCACCGUCAUGCGCGACGGCAACCAAGCAGCGGUCGCCCACCUGGUAGAUCUCAUCCGCUCGGGCGUUUCAAAGGUCCAGAUUCACCACGCUAUUCAGCAACUCAAGAGCGACGGCUACAAUGCGCCUGCCCCGCGCGCCUAG